AGCAGCGGGAGAUCCAGCGCGGCGGCCAGUGUCGAGCUUGAUACUUGUAGCCAUCACCAUCGACGAGUGCUCUUAGUCCACACCACUAACGCCCACCACCACCAUGGCCCCACUCAACUUCGCCUUCUGGGUGCCCAACGUCUCGCGCGGCCUCGUCAACUCCAAGGUGCCGCAGCGGACAUCCCAUGACCUCGACUACAACAUCAAGCUGGCGCAGAUUGCCGAGGACAAGGGGUUCACAUUCGCGCUCACCCAGAUCCGGUUCAUGAGCGCGCACGACGGCGACGAGCAGUACGAGUCCGUGUCCUACUCGCACGCGCUGCUUGCCCAGACCAAGCGGCUCAAUGUCAUCGCCGCCAUCCUCCCCGGCCCAUGGCACCCCGCAUUGACCGCCAAGACGUUCGCAUCGAUCGACCACUACACUGGCGGCCGGGUGUCGAUCAACGUCGUCUCGGGCUGGUACAAGCAGGAGCAGGCGGCGAUGGGUGUCGAGUGGCCCGAGCACGACGGUCGCUACGUCCGGUCGACCGAGUUCAUCCGCUCCAUCCGUGGCCUGUGGAACGAGAAGUCGUUCUCCUUCGACGGACAGUACUACAAGUUUGACAACUACUCGAUGGAGCCCAAGCCAGCCAUCCGCGUCUCGACGUCGUCGCCAUCGACCACGCACGGCACGUUGCACUCGUCCCAGCCGCCGACAGAGGGGACUCGCGGGCCGAUCAUCUUCAUGGGUGGCAACUCGGCCGCGGCGCGGCGCAUGGCCGGCACUGACGCCGACUGGUUCUUCCUCAACGGCAACGACGACGAGACGUUCUCCAAGUGGAUCUUGGACGUUCGCGCCAACGCACAAGCUGCCGGCCGGCGGAUCAAGGUUGGCAUUCAUGGCUUCGUUAUCGCCAAGGAGACCACAGAAGAAGCCUACCUCCAGCUCAACCACAUUGUCAACGGUGCCAACCCGGAGCAGGUCAGCCAGCUGUACGAGGCGUUCAAGGAGGCAGGCAAGUCGGCGCCCGAGGGCGAGGGCAUGUGGGCCAAGGCCAACUUCAAGGACUUGGUCCAGUACAACGAGGGCUUCAGGACUGGCCUGAUUGGCAGCUACGACGACGUCGCGCGGCGCAUCAUCCAGCUCAAGGCGCUCGGCGCCGACCUCGUGCUCACCGCGUACCUCCACUUCCAGGAGGAGCUCGCCGAGUUUGGCGACAAGGUCAUCCCCCUCGUGCGGCAGUAUGAGCAGGAGGCGAUCGACAGUGGCGAGGCCCUGUCAUGGCCCACGUUUGAGAACUACCCCGUGCCCGAGGACGUUGCCGCCAAGUGGGCGCACAAGAAGGUCAGCGGCACAGUCGACCACAUUGCCGUCGCUGAGCAGCUGGCGUCCAAGAAGCGCGCCAACGGCGACGCCAAUGGGGAUGCCAACGGAGAUGUCAAUGGCCAUGGGGAUGCCAAGCGCAUCAAGGUGUAGGCGUUCUACCUCGGAUUGUACCAUAAUACUAG